AGCUGAAGGUGAAGAAAGCUAAAGUUGUAGACUAUAUAUAGACUGCGUUCCAGAUCCAAAGAUAAACAAGGCGCCCAGAGAAAGAGUGAGAAAGAGAGAAGAAGGAUGAUGGGGAGAAUGUUCUUGUGCUUGUUGCUGGCCCUCUCAGCCAGCAUAGAGAUAAGUGAUGCUUUGGGAGGCCGAGGCCCAGCAACAAGGCAGGGAGAUGCCCUUAACAAGCUCUAUUUCGACGCGUUCAACUUAAAGAGAGAAGCAGUUGCUGCAAGUGAUUCUUCUUAUGCCGCCACUCUUUUCUCCGAUCUGUCGUCGAAAACUUAUCCCCAGCAGGGGCUGAAGGAGAGUGACAAGAUCACCAAGUUGCCUGGCCAGCCUCAAGGUGUAGAUUUUGAUCAGUAUGGAGGCUACAUCACCGUCGACAAGGAAGCUGGUAGAGCCCUAUUCUACUACUUGGCCGAGGCUGCAUCUGCUAAUUCUUCUUCCAGACCACUGGUUCUCUGGCUCAAUGGAGGACCGGGUUGCUCAUCUCUCGGAUUUGGAGCGAUGGAGGAGCUAGGACCCUUUCGCGUCAUGAGCGACGGCAAGACGCUCUUCAAAAAUCCAUAUGCAUGGAAUACAGUUGCUAAUGUGCUGUUCUUGGAGAGCCCGGCUGGUGUUGGCUUCUCCUACUCCAACACCACCUCCGACUACGACAAGAGUGGGGACAACAAGACGGCUGCGGAUGCCUAUGUGUUCCUUGUGAACUGGAUGGAGAGAUUCCCAGAGUACAAAGGAAGGGAUUUCUAUAUAGCUGGGGAGAGCUAUGGGGGGCACUAUGUCCCUCAGCUUGCUUAUACCAUACUCCGACACAACAACUCAAUUAUAAACCUUAAAGGCAUCAUGAUUGGCAAUGGAGUGAUCAACGACGAAACGGACCAGAAGGGGAUGUUCGACUAUUUCUGGACUCAUGCAUUGAUCUCAGAUGAGACCAUUGAUGCAAUCCACAAGUACUGCAAUUUCUCACCCAAUGCCAGUAACGAGCCCAAGCAAUGCGUACAGACGGUAGAGAAUGCCUAUGAGUUGGUCACAACACUUGAUAUCUACAACAUCUAUGCCCCUCUCUGCACUUCACAAGGCGUCACUCCUUCUCCUAAGACAUACUCGGUUUGUUGCCUCUUCUUCUCAUAUAUAUUCUUAAAUUUAAUUACAUAAUUUGGUGGUUUUUAAUGCAACAUUUAAUGAUGCAGCCAAGUGCUAACACAAUGGACAGAUAGCCCUUAUACAGUCUUACCACUUAUCAAGGAAUGCAUGGCUCAUGAUGUACGGGUUCUAGUAUACAGUGGAGAUGUCGAUGGACGGAUUCCUGUUACUUCAUCGAGAUAUUCUAUCAAACAACUACAAGUUUCUGUGAAAACUCAAUGGCAACCAUGGUUUAUCAAUACUGAUCAGGUUGGUGGAUACAGUGUUGUUUUUGAUGGUAACUUAACAUUGGCCACUGUCAGAGGAGCAGGACAUGAGGUUCCAAGCUACCAAGCACUUCGAGCACUUGUUCUCAUCAAGUUUUUUCUUGAGGGAAAGCCGCUUCCUUCUUGAAAUUAGUUUAACUUAAAUAUAUCUAUUUUUUAGAUAUAUAUCGACAAGGAUGUAGUUUCUUGGUUUUUAGAAUCUAUUUCAACCACAUAUUCGGCUAUAUGUUUAGCUAUUUAUUAGUUAUUAUUGAAAACAUAUUCAGCUAUAUGUUUAGCUAUUUAUUUGUUAUUAUUGAAAACAUACAAUUAUCUA